ACUUAAGGAAGCCUACAGACGUGAAGUUGACGUGAACGUAUUGGGGCAGUUGACAGAGAUUCUUGAUAUUACCUUAAACAAAAAGACUGUUAAAUCAGCAGUUUGAAAUGCUGACGCUUAAGAACACAAAGACUUUGUGGAUGUUGUUGCUCUUCUGGGUCUCUGGAGGACAGUCUGCAAAAUUUAACCUGUUCGAGGUGCAGUUCUAUGAAGGAUCUGUAAGGUUGUCCGGCUCUGAGAGUGCUGCCGAGGGCCGCGUGGAGAUCUACCACAACGAGAGGUGGGGCACAGUUUGUGACGAUGGGUGGGACCUGGCCGAGGCCCAGGUGGUGUGUCGACAGCUGCAGUUCCCUGGAGCCAAAUCUGUGCAAACUGGAAAAGUCUACGGAACAGCUCCUGGACCCAUUUGGCUUGAUGAUGUUGAGUGUAAAGGAACAGAGGACAGUCUCUCUUCCUGUUCUUUUAAAGGUUGGGGAGUGACCGACUGCUCCCACAAGGAAGACGUUGGAGUUGUUUGUGAAACAGGAAGAUUUCACAGGUACAUUUACACCCGUAAGGUGGAUGUGACAUUCUCCUCUGCACAGUGCCUCCACUGGAUGGCCUCAAAGUUUGGAGUGAUGCAGCUGAUGGAGGACAUAGGCCGGCUCUUCACCAAACUCCUUCCAGAGGAUUCUUCCUUUCACACCCAGGUGUCCCUUUACACGUAUUCAGUGGAAACAAAGGAUGUGGUCCUCCAAGAGAACUGUGUCCAAUACCUGGCCUGGAACUAUCAAAACCUGACUAGUUCUCCAGCUUGGGGCAACUUCCCUGUGGAUCUCCUAGAGCAACUUCUGGUCCGAUCUGACCUGGUGGUCCCAGAUGAAAUGUUUCUCCUUCAGACCGUAGAGAGCUGGAUCACACACAGGGGUAAUUCUACCUCUCUGGAAUGUCAGGCCAACCUGCUGAGUCACAUUCGCUUCCCGAUGAUCCCAGCUGUGAAGCUGCAUGAGCUGCAGUUCACCUCCCCACUUUACAAAACCCAUGAGACCCUCUAUCGUGAAGGUAUUGUUAAAUCUCUGUAUUUUAAUGUCCUGCCGUUCAGCAACCUUACCAGGAGUCCAAUGUUCAACAGAGAUGAUGAUGACUAUUCUCCCAGGAUCUACACUGCUCAGCCAUGGAGUACAGAAAUUGACCCAAAACAAAAUCAAAACCAUCCUGCGUACUAUCACAGCAACCCUUAUUUUUAUCAAGACUUCCAUGCAUAUGGCACAAGCACGUCCUUCAGCACACCUGUCCACAAUAGCAUGAUCUUUCAGGACAAGAAGGUUAACUGGGAGGCAGCUGUCUUCAUGAGUGAAUCUGCAUGUUUAAACCGAGGUCUUCGGUGUGAGUCGUUCCCUGUUGCGUGGUUGAAGGCCAAAAACACUCUCAGCCAGUACGGGAGCAGCAUUGUCUUCCAUAACAGACUGCUGAUCGUGUGCCAAGGCAAAUACAUCUGUCAAGUUCAAGACUUCAAAGCAGACCUGGCUCACACCAACACCAACGGGACCCAGGUUCUGGCUUAUCCCUGCGCUUAUGACAAAUACAUCUACCACUUUGUGGUCAGACCACAACAAGUCUGACCGACCAAAAGCAGUUCUUGGUGUUUAUACUUAAUCUUUUGAUCCUAGUCACCUGGACCUUUAGCCUGUGAGGUCUUCUGAUCAGCUCAGUGUCUGUGUGUCAGUUGUGCAUUUAUUGGUUGAUUAUUGCAGCAACUGUUCUUUCUUUUCAAGUAUCCUUACGUGCAUCUUUUACAAAUACAAAUAAACCACUGUUAAAGUUC